UGCUAGGAGGAGUCAGUAAAUUAUUUGAUUAGCCGCCUCGCGCCACUCCGUGCGCUCAGUGGUUUACGGAGACCGAUUUGAAGGGUUGACAAGGAGAAUCGCUUCCCUGGUAUCCUGUCCCUCUUCACCGGGUAGCCUAGAAGCAUAGUAUGCUAUCCCUGUCCCUCCGCUCGUUCCACGUUGAACAGAAUAGCCAGAGACGCAUAGAGAACUGUCUGGAUUUUGAAGGUGAAGGACUUUGUAUUUACAUAAAGUUCUGUAGGCUAUAAAUACUGCGUAUUUGAUCGCGAGGAUGGCUGCGAAGAUGGAAUUAAUCGAAAGGACAGUAAGGUCCGAUAUCAGAGUGAAAGUUUGCACAGCACUCCCUCUGAGAUGGAGACGCGAAUGACAUAAUAAUUUAUUCACUUUUUCUCAUAACGGAACAGCCUUUUGGAUUUAUUGUCUGCAGCUAUUACGCGGCGCCGGACACCUGCACCCGACUUGGCCGAGACUGAUUCUACGCGGCUCUCCGCUCAAUAACAAAUUGCUCAGAAGCGCUUCUUGAACUGAAUCGAUCAUUUCUACUCUUAUCUGAACUGUUGUCAAUGGCAGACUACUUCCACACAGGCAGUUCAUUUGUUGCGCUUUGUUGUGCAGUUCUGUAAAUCACUGAAUGCGACGGAUAGGCGACAGUGGGCAUCCGAUAAUAAAUUGAUACUGGAUGUGUCUUCAUAGGCAUUUGAAUAGUGUCAGCAUCAACUGAAAAGUCACAAAGCUCAACUAAGCUUUAUAAAUGUCUUCCUCAGUCAUCUCUUCAUAUCGCUUCUCCGUCCAAUAUUCACUGCCUGGGUUGUAACAGCUAAAACAGGAGAGAACUGUGCCUCCACCUCGCCCCUGUCAAAAUCCAAAGCCAGUAUAAUAUUCUUUACAGCACUGACUCACAAUGGGCACAGUACUAUCCCUUUCCCCUGCAUUCAGGAAGAACAGCUACUAUGACACGCGGCCUGGCUCACUCAACCACUACCCGAGCCUGAGCAGCCGUUCGCUCAACACUCAGAAAGACCGCACCAGUGGCCUGAAACGGGGACAGUCAAUCUUUCUCCCAGCCCUCACCUGGAAACGCCUGGUCGCCUCCACCAAGAAACGAGGGGGCUCUAAGAAAUGUCCUGGGGGUCCGGGGUCACUUGGAGACCCCCUCAACAACAACAACAUCUACCAGAAGGAUCCGGUGUUGCACCUCAACCGCGAGAAUGUCAAGAAGUCUCUGUCGUGUGCCAACCUCUCAAGCUACGACGGGCCAACGGGACUGGGUCUGGGGAUAGGCUUCGGCCAGGGGCACUACAGCUAUGGCAUGGGCAUGAAGCCCCAGCAGUUGUCCUCUGGCAAGAAGGUGCCCCACCAAGGAACGGCCGCCUCAUCCCCCAAGCGCAUCAUCGUCCAGGCGUCCACCAGUGAACUUCUCCGGUGCCUGGGUGAGUUCCUGUGUGGCCGCUGCUACCGGCUGAAGCAUCUCUCCCCUGCGGACCCGGUGCUGUGGCUGCGGGCGGUGGACCGCUCUCUGCUCCUCCAGGGCUGGCAGGAUCAGGCCUUCGUGACUCCGGCCAACGUGGUGUUUGUCUACAUGCUGUGUCGUGAUGUGGUGGAUGGAGACCUGGUGGCGUCAGAGCACGAGCUUCAGGCCACACUACUCACCUGUCUCUACCUGUCCUAUUCCUACAUGGGCAAUGAGAUAUCCUACCCACUGAAACCUUUCCUGGUGGAGGCUGGCAAGGAGGCCUUCUGGGACCGCUGCCUAGCCAUCAUCGACGCCACCAGCGCCAAGAUGUUGCGCAUCAACGCCGACCCGCAAUUCUUCACCCAGGUGUUCGCUGAGCUGAAGAGUGAAGGGGGCUGCAGCCCACAGGACUACAGCCGCGUGCUGGACCGGUGAGAGGAGGGGUAGUGGGAUACAACCCCCCCAAUCCCCAUCCCCCUGUCCUUUCCCCCCACCUCUCUGCCAGACAUUUCCCACCCGCUCCAGCCACCUACCUCCAAGAAUGUAACACAGGGAUAAGGGACUGCCCCCCCCCCCCCCCCCCCCCCCUGUCUAAUGGUACAUCCCGAGACCCUGCCAUUAACCACCAAUGAGCCAUCCACAUUAAGACAAUGGGGAAACUUGUCCCCCUAAGACUAGAUCAGAAAUUAGCAUGUGUCAUCAAUAGGGUUGAGUGCUUAUGUUGUUAGCACAAGCCCUUUUGUGUUAUGUAAUACUCACCUGAUGUUACUUGAAUGGUGGAACCAUUUGGUCCAUCUGUCCUUCGUGACCCCACUCUCACCUCUUGUGUCUCAGUGAGCUGGGGGAACAGAAACAGAAACAGUCAUCUCAGCUGUUCCCCCCUCCAGUCUCUCCCCACUCUCCUCUCUUCCCUCUCCACUCUCUCUCCCCUCUCUUCCUUCCCCUCUCUUCCCUCCCCUCUAUCUCCUCCCUCCCCUUUCCUCUAUCUCCUCUCUCUCUCCUCUCCUCUCUCCUCUUUCCCCUCUCCUCUCUCCCGUCUCUCCCCUCCCUCCUCCCCUCUCUCUCCUUUCUCCCCUCUCCCCGACACCCUCCCCUCUCUCCUCUCUUAUCCCCUCUCCUCUCUAUCCUCUCCCCCUCUCUCCUUUCUCCUCUCUCCUUUCUCCUCUCUCCUUUGCCCUCUCCCCUAUCCUCUCUCCCCUCUCCUCACUCUCCUCUCUCUUGCCUCCCUCCCAUCUCUCCUCUCCCCUCUCCUCGCUUUCCUCUCUCCACUCUCUCUCCUCCCUUCUCCCACUUCUACCACAGCCAAGACUCCCUGUCUGAAUGUGAUAGCAACAUCCGUUUGCCAUGUCAUCUAGGUCCCAUGUCAUCUAGGUCCCAUGUCAUCUAGGUCCCAUGUCAUCUAGGUCCCAUGUCAUCUAGGUCCCAUGUCAUCUAGGCCCCAUGUCAUCUAGGUCCCAUGUCAUUUAGGUCCCAUGUCAUCUAGGUCCACUUGAUUCUGUCUGUCGUGUGCUUGGUCAUCAGUUAAACAAAACAAACAGUGUUUUGCAAGAUUCUUUUGACAACAGAGGGUCAUCUGCCUGAGGGAAAAGCUAGAACAGCUACCAACCCAUUAAGACCAUUCACUCAGUUUACGUCCCAAAUGGCACCCUAUUUCCUAAAUAAUGCACUACUUUAGACCAGAGUCCUUUGAACCCUGGUCAAAAGUAUUGCACUAUAUAAGGACUAUGGUGCCAUUUAGGACGGAGCGUAAAAAACAUCUGUAGGGUGCAGGGCCGUUUAUGUCUCUCUCUCCAGCUAUCAUUUAAUCUGAGGGUCUCCUGGUGGAAGCAAAAUACGCCCUUAUUUUGCAUGUGUGUGUGUGCUUUCGUGUAUGUGGGUAUGUUAUUGGCAGAUAGCGAGGUUCAUCAGCUGUUUACCCCGUCAGUCCUUUGUUCCCUGGCUGUGCCUGUCAUCAGGGCACCCGGCCGCUGCUGCUGUGGCAUUCAUGAGACUACCCCCCCACCUCCUCCUCCACCUCUCCUCCAUUCUUACUCUGGCCCCAUACCAUCCAUCCACCUCUGUCCCCCUCUAGGCUACUCUACAGGCCUAGAGGUUCAGUCACUGGCUAAUCCAGGCUGGCCUGGAAUUUAAACACACACACACACAUACAUACAUACAUACAUACAUACAUACAUACAUACAUACAUACAUACAUACAUACAUACAUACAUACACUUAAAUACCUAGUCUCCUGAGUCCCCUGAAAAAAUGUAUGAGAGGGAGAGAGGAGGGGUGUAGAUAUGAGUCACACGUGUCCUGUAAAAGGGUGGAGGUAGAUGAAGGUGGUCCUUGGACCCAGUGCAGGGCUGGCCUGGAAUGGCAAGAUGUGUGUAGUUGUGGUUAAAUGCUGCUGUUAUUGUUGUUAGCCUCGCUGUCUCAUUCUAGGGAUUACAUCUGUGUCCCAAAUGGCUCCUUAUUCCGUUUUGUUGUGCACUACUUUUGGCCAGGACCCAUAGGCCUUGUUGUUCUCCUCUUUAAAAAAUGUUUUUAAUGAAACCUUGGAAUUUCUGGUUCACACGUUUUGAUCUAAGUCACAUGUGCUCUAAUGUGUGUUUAUGUCUGUCAGGAAUAGACCACAGAUGUACCUCAGGGCCAGAGGGUGGGAUUUUUUAUGUGUGCAAGCUGUGCUCAUAAAAAUAUAUUUAUCAUGGUUGCCAAGGCAUUAAAAAAUCUGAUUUGAAAUAUGAACAGAGAGCGAGAGAGGCUUUGGAUCCCUUCAUUCCCUUCUGGCCAUGGCAGACUGUUAGCCUGCUAAUGAGCAAAACUACAAUAGGUACAAUAUGAAAAUGAGGUGUGUAGAAUGUAGAAACACACCUAAGGUGAGUCAAGGGAAUUGUCCCAAAUGGCCCAUAGCGCUCAUAAGACCCAUAGGUUUCUGGUCAAAAUUAGUGCACUAUGUAGGGAAUAGGGUGCCAUUUUGGGAUGCAGCAAUACAGUAGGAUCACAAAGAUAGUUACUCCCGGUAUGAGAGGGUGAGGUAGUUCUAUCGCCUGCUAUGCAGACAGGUCUUGCUGCCAAACCAAUUGUAGUUCUGUUGAUGCUAAAGCAACAUAACAGCCUCUCAGUCUCUCUUCACUGAUUCUGGAUGAGAGUGAUAUAGGUUGCAAUGGGUUGCUAUGGGUUUGUUGAACCAAGGCAACUGGUCUACUGUCCUAGACCUAGAAAACAUGUUUCAGGGCCUGGGACUUCGGCGCUCGAUGCUCCACUUCCGCCCAGACGGGUGGUGGGUGGCCCAUUCAGGAACAGUAUGUGGCAGUGCUGUGCUGUGCCACCCUAACCGUCCCCUCCCCCAUACCAGGCAAAAAGCAUUUACACACUUAUGUUAUGUGGGCUGAGCAUACUGUACUGGAAUAACCCCCCCCCCCCCCCCC